CUCCGCCACCCCCUCGUCCACCACCUGCCCGUCCCACGUCCCGCCCCCCCUCCCCCGUCCCACGGCGGCCGCUCGGCAGCUGCUCCCUGCUCGGGUGUCUCUUUCCUGGCUCGGGCGGCGGCGCUGACUCCUGGUGGCCUGGCGCUGCCUCCAGGUGAUCACAGAGCAGGGGGACAGGAGGGAGAGGGAGAGGAGGGCGCUGGAGGGUGUCAGAGACUGGAGGGAGAGGAGAGCCAGCCAGUCUGUGGUCCCUAACCUGAGAGCCGGACGGAUGCAGAGAGCCUGGGACUGACUCGGUCAGCUGGGCACUAAGAGGGACACGCCUUACCUACCUUCUAGGCCAGAGGCACCUCGCCUGCGUGCUAAGUCAGUGACAGCUAGCCUAGGAGCUGAUCCAAAGGGUACUAGCCUAGGAGCUAAUCCAGAGGGCGCUAGCCUAGGAGCUAAUCCAGAGGGCGCUAGCCUAGGAGCUAAUCCAGAGGGCGCUAGCCUAGGAGCUGAUCCAAAGGGCGCUAGCAUAGGAGCUAAUCCAAAGGGCGCUAGCCUAGGAGCUAAUCCAGAGGGCGCUAGCCUAGGAGCUAAUCCAGAGGCAGCUAGCCUACCUGCUAAACCAGAGGCAGGGAGCCUGCAUGCUGGUGUUGCGCGGCCCGUCCCGCGAUGGUGCUGCACCGGGCCAUCCACGCGGCGCGCGUCGGUGACCUGGCGGCGCUCAGGGAGCUGGCCGCCGCGGACCACCUGACCCCCGCCAUCAGCGACGCCCAGGGGGCGGGGCUGGCGCACCACGCCGCGCGCUGCGGCCGCCUGGACUGCCUGCGCUUCCUGGUGACGGAGAUGGGGCUGGCGGCGGACGAGCGGGCGCUGAACCGCGCCACGCCCGCCCACGACGCCGCCGCCACCGGGCACGUCAGGGAGCUGCAGUGGCUGGUGGAGCAGGGGGGCUGCGAUCUGGAGGCCCAGGACGCGUCGGGGGCCACGGCGCUGCACCUGGCCGUGCGGUUCGGCUGCCUGGCGGUGGUGGAGUGGCUGUUGGCGGCGGGGGGGCGUCUCAGCGUCCUGGAGACCAACUGUGGGGCGGUGGCCGCCCACUACGCCGCCGCCAAGGGGGACCUGGCCUGCCUGGAGCUGCUGCUGCGCCACUCCCCGGGGUGUGUGAACCUCCAGACGGCUGGGGCCACGCCCCUCUACCUGGCGUGCCAGGAGGGUCACCUGCCCGUGGUGGAGUACCUGGUGCGGGUGGGCGGGGCCAGCACUCACCUGAGGGCCCACGACGGCAUGAGCGUCCUGCACGCCGCCACGCACACAGGACACCACACGCUGGUCGUCUGGCUGGCCACCUUCACCGACCUCAGCCUGUGCUGCCAGGACCGGGAGGGGGCGACCGCGCUGCACUUCGCCGCCAGCAGGGGGCACCGUCGCCUGCUGGAGACGCUGCUCCACCUGGGGUCAAAGGUCACCCGGGACUACUGGGGCGGCACGCCGCUCCACGACGCCGCGGAGAACGGAGAGCUGGAGUGCUGUAAGGUGCUCCUGGCCGGCCUGGCCGACAGCUCUGAGCAGGACAUCGAUGGCUUCACCGCAGCGGACCUGGCCGAGUACAACGGGCAUUAUGACUGCGCUCGCUACCUCCGCAACGUCCAGGCCAACAGCGUCUGCUGCGGGCGCGCCACGCUGGACAGGGAGCCCGCGAGGAGAAGCGCCUUCAACCAGAAGGACUCACAGGUACCUGUAGUGAUCCACAAGGAACCUGUAGUGAUCCACAAGGAACCUGUAGUGAUCCACAAGGAACCUGUAGUGAUCCACAAGGAACCUGUGGUGAUCCACAAGGUACCUGUGGUGAUCCACAAGGUACCUGUGGUGAUCCACAAGGUACCUGCGGUGAUCCACAAGGUACCUGCGGUGAUCCACAAGGUACCUGCGGUGAUCCACAAGGUACCUGCGGUGAUCCACAAGGUACCUGCGGUGAUCCACAAGGUACCUGGUGAUCCACAAGGUACCUGUGUGAUCCACAAGGUACCUGUGGUGAUCCACAAGGUACCUGUGGUGAUCCACAAGGUACCUGCGGUGAUCCACAAGGUACCUGUAGUGAUCCACAAGGUACCUGCGGUGAUCCACAAGGUACCUGUAGUGAUCCACAAGUGUAGUCAACAAACCCAUCCAGGACAUCACUUCAGACCAAGAGGAAGAGGAGGAGGAGGAGGAGAGGAGGAGGGGACGGACACGCCCACAGCGUCCAGGCAGCCAAUCAGAGGAGACUACUACCGCGGCCUGAGCGACCCAUGCAUUGAGAUCCACAGCACUGACACACAGAUGGAGAGGUUAAAGGAACCAGAGAACCUUGAGCCCCCCCAGGCUAAGUACCCGGGCCCCCCUCCUGCCCCGCCCCUCCCCCUGGCCCCGCCCCCACCCUGUGGCCCCGCCCACCCGGAAAGACCACUGCCUCCAGGAUGGAGAAGGUCCACAUCGCCACUCCUGAAGGGGUUCACGCGGGGCCGGCUCUCCGCCCCGGCGGCCCCAGACCAGGAGCAGAGUGAGUCUGCGGCCCCCCGUCUGGGGGCCAACCUGGGCAACAUGAAGUCCAUCACGGCCGUGAAGCAGUCCGGCCUGCAGUCCGGGGUCUUCACCGGACAGGGGCAGAUGGUGGUGCUCCCGACGGAGGAGGCCAACCUGUCGGACAUCGACUACCUGGUGCCCACCCACGACGAGAGGGGGCCCAUCGCGGAGUGGAAGCGACAGGUGAUGGUGAGACAGCUGCAGGCCCGGCUGCUGGACGAGGAGGACCAGAGGAGGAGGGAGAACGGCAGCAGCCGCUACGCCAAGGUGAGCUGGCGCUACUCCCCGGCCCACAACGCCAUCCUGGGCCCGUUCGGCGAGCUGCUGACGGAGGCCGACCUGGUGUACCUGGAGCGGCAGAUCGCCAACGUGGCGCUGCAGAAGAACUGCGAGGGCUACGAGCUGGAGCUGGCGCGGCUGGCCGAGGAGCUGCGCCACAUCCUGCCGGCGCCCAUCGUCAACAUCACCGUCAACACGCAGUUCCGCCACUUCCACAGCAAGGUGCCGCUGCCGCUGUGGUGCGGCCGCAUCUCGGGCAUCGUGCAGAGCAUGUCGCUGCUGCUCAGCAACCUGACGGACCAGCCCUACUGCAAGAUGCCCAACACGGCGCUGGUGUCGGUGUUCUCCGAGGCGCCAGAGCGGGCCACCGGCGCCCGCGGCCGGCGGGAGAUGAUCGAGGACGAGAUCCACCAGUUCGGCGUCUCCGUCGGGAGGCUCAAGUCGAACUUCGAGAGCCAGAGCGCGGCGCCGGGCGACGAGAACGACGCCGUUGACGACGACGAGGAGGCCGUCGCGACGACCAAGUCGGUCACGUUCAGCCUCCCCGCGGCCGACCCCGCCGCCGCGGAGCCGCUGCUGGCUCCGCCCCCACCGCUCAAGGUGCGGGACGGCGCGGUCACCGCGGAGACGGACCACAACAGCGACUCGGGCAUCGACUACGACGAGGCGACGCCGGACGUGAUGGAGACCACCAGCCUGAGGAAGGAGCGCAUCGUGGUCCUCUUCCUCGGCCACUGGAAGAAGUCGGCGUACUCCGUCACACUGAAGAGCCGCGACGCCGCCGAGAGGAAGCUGAACGGCGGGGCGGGGGGCGAGGUCGCGGAGGAGUCGGCCGAAGGUCACGGGGUCACGGCGGAGAUCACCCAGAAGACGAUGAUGGACAGCUCGCUGGGACACUUCUUCAAGCAGCGCGGCGCCGUCAACAAGAUGCUGGGCAACUGGAGGAGCAUGAUCUCCAGCGUGCCGUCCAGGCAGAUACGCAGGCUGCACCGGCAGCAGGCGCUGUACUCCCCGGAGCAGUUCCUGCCGCGCGUGGAGGGCGUGGCGGUGGACUACGACAGCCUCACCCUGGACCUCUUCAUGCUGGGCUACUUCCACAUCCUGGAGCAGGAGCUUCCCGCCGACGAGCGGAAGAUGCGCCACCUGCUGUGCUUUGAGGUGUUCGACCACCUGGGCUCCUUCACCUGGGAGACGGUGCGGGACUUCCACAAGGCCGUCAUCACCGACAUCCAGGGGGGCGCCGAGUGGAAGGACGGCUUCGACGACGUCAAGACCCGCUUCUUCGGGAGCGCGGCGGUGCCCGUGGAGACGCCGGCGCCGGCGGAAGCGGCGGUGGAGAAGCGGGUCCUCCCCGAGGUGCGGCAGGUGCCUCGGGUCAUCGUACAGACCCCCACGCCCGACGAGGGGGUGCAACGGGGCACGGACAUCUCGUCCUUCUCCAACGAGGAGAUCUGUAAAUACAUCGACCGCAGCUUCGCCUUCUGGAAGGAGAAGGAGGCGGAGAUCUUUUACUUUGAGUAGGGAAACUUUUGUGGUUUGGUGGUGGCGACUUUUUUUGUAUGUUUUUUGUAUUUAUUUAUUUACAGAAACAACGACGCUCUUUACAAGAACGUCCCAACAAAAAAAAAGACGAUACUGUGCUUUUGUCCUGAGUGAGUUUUUUGAGAUUGUCUUUUUUUUGUCAUUGCGGAGCAACUCCAUGUUUACAAAAAUAAACGCUCACAAAACACGUCCGACGUCCAUAACUGCUUAUCCCCGUACCCCUCGUUCCCGCCGUUGAACCCCUCCCCUCGCGCCCAGA